AUGCCUGCGAACAAGCGUUCUCGAAUCGUGCGAAAAUCCCGCGCAAUUGCUUUAUCCAAAGAGGAGGAGAAGUACUCGAAUACCCCACAUACUUUUGUAUUUGCUCGUCCCGGUGUAGGUCCUCUGGUGCAUCAGCUCUCCCUAGACCUGAGACAUAUGAUGCUGCCAUUUACGGCUUCCCGCCUCCAAGUGAGCCGGCGCAAUGUCCUCAAGGACUUGAUUUCAGUGGCGGGGCCUCUUGGUGUCACACAUUUAAUCUAUCUGACCCAUACCAGCCUACGUGGACUAUCCAAUCGUCGCAAGAGGAAGGCAAUUCAAAUCCAAAUGAAGCCGGAAAUGAAGCUGGAAGAUAAAUUAGAUGCCGAUGAGCUCAGACACAAAUCGAGUGAAAGAAACGAACACCCAACCAUUAACCCUAACUCUACCAGUUCAGGCGGCGGUGGUGUUUUUCUUCACAUUGUUCGCCUCCCUCGUGGCCCACGUCUUACCUUUCGUGUACUCGGCUACAGCCUGCGUCGAGAUGUUCAAACCUUGGUUAGGCGUGUAUUCCAGAACAGCCAAUAUGCUAAUCCUCCACUUCUUGCUAUGACCGGCUUCACGACGCCAUAUCCGAACAAAAGAUCUUCAGGCGAACCUGAUGGAGUUAAGGCUGAAGAAAUGGAUGAGGGGGGGACAAGCAAGGAAGAAGAAAAUGCUCAAAGGAAAGCCUCAAUUGCCCCUCCGCCUCCGCACCUGCGUCUUCUAGUUGACAUAUUUCAGAAUAUGCUACCCUCACUGAAUGUCGAGAAGGUCAAAUUGAGCUCUGUCCGUCGAGUCUUACUAUUGAGCCGCGAAAUUGACUAUUUUGGACUUGGCAAGACAAAUGGGGCCGAAGGAAAUUGUAGUCAAGUAAAUGAUUACAUUCAUCUCAGACAUUAUCACAUCAAAACAGAGAAUCGAGCCAUAAGCCGGCCAUUACGCCGGCUUGGAUUGGGAGGUGCCUCGUUGAAAAAGCGUUCAUUUGCAGCCUCUUUUGUGGAUUCAUCCGAUCGAUUGAGUGGAUCCGCUGACAUUAAUGGAGAAACCAAUAAAAUUGCGUCUAGACGUUUUGGAGUGGGACCUGGGGGCAAGGGAAAGGGAAGCUUUGUUCCAGAUUUGUCCAAGUAUUCAAAUUUUGAGGAGUUCUUAAUGCGGUCAGUCUUGUUCCGAUGA